AUGGCCACCAGACAUAGAAUCGCUACAGUUCUUGGUUCUCCCAUGAACUAUCGGGACUUAUCCACAAAAAGAACAUCCUUUGGAAAAAACUCGUUCCUCUCAGUGCCCUUCAGAUUGGCUUGCCUUCAGACAAUGCAGAAAUCAAACCACACAGGCGAUGCCACAAUCUCCUACUAUAAGGAGAAUCUCUCUACCUGUGGCACUGAUACAAGAAAGUUUCCAGGGACAGAUCAUAAAAUCAUAGGUGAAGUCAGGGAAACCCUGCAGACCAACUCUGCCCUGGUGGAAAGUUUACUGGAAAGAGUGGUCCUCUGUGGUUUUUCCACGGUUCCAGCCUGUGUGUUUCUCUGCAUUAAUGGGACCAUGUUAUUCACUCUGAGAAGCAAACCAGUGUUUCGUGACACCUGCCGUUAUAUUCUUCUGUAUAACCUCCUACUUGCAGACACUGCUCAGCUGGUAGUGAGUCAGCUUCUGUUUCUACUUGCUGUUUGUAGAGUAAGACUGACAUAUCCUGCAUGUGGUACCAUCGCUACAAUUGCCAAUCUCACAGCAGGAAUCUCUCCUCUCACACUGGUAGUGAUGUCACUGGAGAGAUAUGUAGCUGUGUGCUUCCCACUGAGGCAUGCCUCCAUCAUUUCUACCAGAAACACAGCAGUGGCUAUUAUCGCAAGCUGGGCUAUUAGUUCCAUUAACAAUUUGACUCGGGGUCUUUUUUUAUUGGAAUAUUCUUUUGAAAAUAUGAGUAACCUCCUGAUGAAAGACUAUUGUUAUGACAUUACUUGGUUUCCAAACACUCAGCGAGAUAACUAUGAUAAAGCCUACACUUGUUUUGUAUUUGUUUCAGCUGGUUUGGCAGUAAUUUAUUCCUACACUGGAGUUGUAGUAGCAGCCAGAUCAGCUUCUACAGACAAAGCAUCAGCUCAUAAGGCCCGUAAGACCCUGCUACUACAUCUGAUACAGCUAGGCCUCAGUCUGUCCUCAAUCAUAUAUUACCCUCUGCUCAUAGCUCUUGCAAGAACUGUUUCACGAUUAGUUUUUGUAUUGGUCCAGGAUGUUUUUUAUGUGAUAUUUAUCAUUUUGCCCAGAUGUCUGAGUUCACUACUUUAUGGUUUGAGAGAUCAGACCAUCAGACCUGUGCUACUGCAUUACCUGUGUUGUCACUUUAGAUUCCUGUCAUGUUUGAAGGAAGAUUCUUCAUACUCCCGGAUGAGGGAAGGGUCUUCGAUGAAGGAGCGAGGAACUCACGAACGUUCCUCCGGUCCAUAUCCCUCCCAGUCAACCACAUACUGCACGCCCCUCCCACGGGGCCGAGAGUCCAGAAUCCGGUUGACCUUGUACACCAAACCUCCCUUCUAG